AUGCGCAUAUCAGUGUCACUGUUGCUGACAUGGACUCUGGCAUUCGGCUUGCCUAACACAAGCGCUCUACCGCGUCCAGGUCUCGACGUCCGGGCUGCGCCAACAGGCCCUGGCAGCAAGCCGCAGUACUCUAUCAUUCCGCUGGAGCCAGACGAGGACGACGCUCACCAGCCGGGCAAGGAUAGCGGGGACAGAGAGAACGAACCAGUCAAUGGGGAUGAAGAUUCGACAGUAACGCUCACCCAGACGGUCAUACACGUGCCGAAUCCAGUCACGCAACGCAUCACACGAACAGUUCUACCAGAGGUUGAGACUGUCACACAGAAGAUUCCGGUGCCGACAACGGUCAUCUCCAUAAUCGAUUUGGAGGCAGAGCCAACGGCGACAGUCUAUAUCACACAGACACCUCUGCCUCCGGUACCUGCUCCGCAGCCCGAGCCUGCUUCUGAACCUGCCACAACACUGACUACGACAACGACUGAUUCCCUCGCCACCGACACCGCCACCGCUCCCAGCGCCUCCUCUGUCACAUUCGUCAUCCCAGCUUCUCAGACCACUGCCUCUCCCGUCAGCGUGACUGAGGUGCCAGUGCUGCCCGUUGCGCCAUCGAGUGCGAUCAGCCCCCCAUCGCUCACUACCCCGACCAACCCAAAGUCCCAAGGCCCAGUUGCGACGAAACUGCAACCUAUUGUUCCGUCUUCCGUGGAAGAAGUCGCGACAUUUACGCCAACCACGUUUUCGACCCUGGUCAGACCAUCGCAGUCUGGAACCUACGAUGACGGGCAGUGGCACACGAGUUACCCACCGUGGAGCGAAGCAGCGUCCACGACAGGGGCACUUUAUUAA